GUCCAUCCAGCUCCCGAGCUUCUAAUAUUUCUACCUUCGCCAAUUAAUCCAUAAGAACCCUUCUGGGUUUUGGUUUUAUUUAUUUAUUUAUUUUUAUUAUUGAUUCAGUUGGUUUUUGAAAGUAGCCAUGCUGGGAGUAUUCAGCAGCUCCAUCAUAUCGCCGCCUGACGAGUUAGUGGCCGCCGGCUGCCGUACGCCGUCGCCCAAAACCACUUCCGCCACUCUCGUCAACCGCUUCGUCGACACCAACUCCUCCGCCGUGUCGGUGCAGGUCGGGGAUCAUGUCCAUCUGGCCUACACUCACCAAAGUGAAUCCCUCUUGACCCCAAGAUCGUUCGCGGUGAAGGACGACAUCUUCUGUUUAUUCGAGGGCGUUCUGGACAAUUUGGGGAGCCUGAGGCAACAAUACGGGCUAGCCAAAUCGGCGAACGAGGUGGUUCUCGUCAUCGAAGCUUACAAGGCCCUCCGUGACCGGGCCCCAUACCCGCCGAGCCACGUCGUCGGCCAUCUCAGCGGCAAUUUCGCCUUCAUCGUCUUCGACAAGUCCACCUCCACUCUCUUCGUCGCUUCUGAUCGGAAUGGGAAGGUUCCGUUGUAUUGGGGAAUCACCGCCGAUGGUCAUGUCGCCUUUUCCGAUAACUCAGAUCUUCUCAAGGGUUCUUGCGGGAAAUCACUUGCUUCUUUCCCUCAAGGGUGUUUCUUAUCUACAGCAGUUGGUGAAUUGAGAUGCUAUCAGAAUCCUAAGAACAAGAUCACUGCUGUUCCUGCUAAUGAGGAAGAGAUUUGGGGUGCAACAUUCAAAGUGGAGGGCCCUGCAGCUGUGGCGGCCACAUGGUGAAGAGAUUUCAUAUAAUUGUGUUUAAUUUGUGGCUGAGAAUGCAGAUGGGUGUGCGGUGGAUUGGAUGCCCAACCGACAAAGUUGGCAUGCUUAUGCUUAACAGUGGAAGAUGGGUGUGUUUUACUUUGCUUUUACUCUGAUGUAAAGCCCUUUUGCUUUUGGUGCAAUAAAGUCGUGGCUUUUGUAGAAUUAUCCUUUGUUAUUCUAUAAAAUAAAGUUGAAUUUCCCACCA